AUGAACAAGUACUUUCCUGAAACUGCCAGGGAAGAUAUGGAGAACCAGUUCCUCAGGCUGAGGCAAGGAACCACGACUGUAGGGGAGUAUGCUGCAAGGUUGGAGACUCUGUCGAAACAUUUCCGUUUCUUUCAGAUGCAAGUGGAUGAACCAUACCUCUGCAACUGUUUUAUGAUUGGGUUGAGAAAUGAUAUUGAGGAGUCCGUAAGGCCUUUGGGAAUCAGGGUUUAUCAACAGCUGGUUGAGAAGGCCCGGGAAGUUGAAACUAUGAAGAAUCGUCGGGGAAGCCGACAAGAGAGUGGAGGACCCAUUCGUACUGGACAGAAACAGGUAGGAAAGACUGACAGGGGUAAGGCACCUCAGAGCAAACCAUACCAACGACCCAGUGAUAAGGUGCCAUUUUCAGGAAAAGGAGAGGCGACUGUUCCGAAGGAGGACAUUGUCUGUUUCAAGUGCAACCAAAAGGGACACUAUGCUAAUGAGUGCGGAAAGGAGAUCAUAUGCUGGAAUUGUCAGAAACCGGGGCACAUUGAGAGGAAUUACCCUAAUGCAACCAAAGCUGAACCAGCACUGAAUGUUGCAAAAGGAAAGCGACCUACAACUAAGGGGCGCGUGUUUGCUAUAACUGGAGAGCAGGAAGAGGGUUCUGAUGAUCUCAUACAGGGUACGUGUACCAUUUCCGGAGCUCCUUUGAUUGUUUUAUUUGACUCGGGUGCUACGCAUUCGUUUAUAUCUGUGAACUGUGCGAAGAGAUUAGAGCUGCUAACUGUAGAGUUACACUUUGACUUGGUGGUAUCGACCCCUGCCACCAGUAGCUUAGUUACACGUACGACAUGUUUACAAAGUCCGUUGGUCUAUGAAGAUCGGAAGUUUCGAGCAAACCUCGUCAGCUUAGGGCUCGAACAGCUAGAUGUUAUUCUGGGAAUGGAUUGGUUGGCUCAAUACCAUGUUCUCUUGGAUUGUGCUAAUAAGACCGUGAUAUUUCCGGAUUCAGGCAUCUUGGAUUACCUGAACUCGUACACACUAAGGAAAGGUUCCUUAGCGUUCGUAAAUUCGAUCGUAGCUGAGGUGAAGAAUGAUGGCGACGUACGGAACAUACCAAUAGUACAAGACUUUACUGAUGUAUUUUCGAAAGACGUACCUGGAUAA